GUCACGUCUCCCCGUCACAUCUUUGUCAGUGAACAAAAUGGCAACCUACUGUCUCACUGUAGCCCGGCUCCAGGUAAGAGACUAAAUUUUAUACUUUAAACCUUAUUUAUCAGCCAGUAAAAGAUGCCACCUGUCUCAUUCGGUUUUAUAACUCCAACGUAUAGAUAGUCUGACCGGAAUAGAUCGGAGAGAGGUGUUUUAUGAAUAAAAAUAACCGGUGAAGCUGUCACCGGCUCGCUGCUCAGGUCAUCGUGUCCUGACUGCGUGAUCGCAUCUAGAGAGAAACAGCGAGUUCAUCCCACGCUAAAUAAACUCAUCUAAUUCACCUGUUUACUAGAAUUAGUUGGCGAUACUGUUAACUCUUAAAUAACCGCAGAUAGUUGAGGUAUAGAAAUGUAGUUUGGUGAUAGAAAGCAAGGUUAACCACAAGGUUAGAGCUGCCAGCAGGCUCACAGGAGCGCCGCGUGUAAAAGAGACACAGCAUAUAUGUGAAAUUAUAGCAAAUAACACAGUUAAAGGACAUAUAGGGGGUUAUUAUAAGUCACUUUGAUGAAGAUUUUUCUAAAGGUGAAGGAUUUGGGUUUCAUGUCGUCUGUAACAACAGUGGGAUGUGAUGAUUUUUGUGUUAGCAGCUCAGAGAUAACGGAGCCUCCUAUCCCAAUGUGACCUCUGACUGAUGUCUGUUCAAGCUUUUUCUGCUUUUUACAACAUUUAGAUCACAUUUUACACAAAGACAAGAUAACGUAUAAGUCGUUUUUAAAUACUGAACAAAAUAAAAGAGUUGUGGCCUAGUUAGAUUGAGCUGGUCAAAGUCACAAUGCAAGUAAAGCAUGUAGGUGUUGGUGAGAAACACUACCAAAAAGAAGAGAUACAGAUAAAUAACUUACAUAGCCUGAGCUUCAAGCCUUCUUGAGCCUUAUUUAUUACAUUUAAUGUGUUUAUUAGCAUUUGACUAGCUCCUGAAUUGGUUGACAGCGACUACUUUGAGUGUGACAGUCACCUGUUGGAUGGUUGGAGCUUCAGCUGCUCACUGUCAGCUCUUUCUCUGAACAGAAGCUCAUCUUUGACACACUUUGUCAGGUCAAUGAAACCUUGAGUUAUAUCACAGUUUGUCUUCUUUGAUUAGUUAAUCAUUUAUCAAGUUUGAUAGUCUCCCGUGACUGACCUUUCACACAUAUUUCACUUUACAAUCAUACAAAUCUGCUUGUGUACAUACAGUCUGCCUACAGAGGUGCAAACACAGAGCUUAAUGGGUUAUGGAGGGGCAUCAUGUUCACCUGAUAUCACCCUGAUAUCUGACACUUAAGAGUUGACUUAAGUACAGCAGCACAUUCACCCUGUGACCUCCUAUCAUGUAUGCCAUUUUUGUCAAAGCAACUACAAACUCAAUCCUAUAAAUCUCUUUUUGAUAUGAAGAUAUUAACAAAAAAAAAUGAUUCAAAAAGAGUUUGAUCUUUUCGGAUGAAGUCUUAUCUUUUUGUUAGCAUUUUGUAUGUGAUUAAACGGCACCCACUUUACAACAGUGUGUAUUUGAUUUUGUCUGCGGCCCUGUCAUUAGACUCUCACUUGUUUGUUUUUCUUGCCUCCAGCUGGCUCUGGGCCAUGGCGUGCGGCGCCUGCAUGUAUCAGCUGCCUACAGAGCCAAGGCUAAAGUGUCUAUGAGCCGCUUUGAGCCCACGUCCUUUGUCAACUAUGAGAAGCUCCGAUCAAAUGUUGACAUUGUGCAAAAAAGGUAAGCGCUCUCCAAAACUAAUUUAUUUUUACUGUGUGUUCACACAAUGUUUCUGUUUGAGUGUGUUUGAUUCCAACAACUCUUUUCUUUUCCAGCAGGAAAUCUGUGCUUGAGUACUGUUUAUAAUGUUUAUCAGGAGGAUGUGUGUAUUAGGGGUGGGAGAAAAAAAUCAAUUCAUAUAAGUAUCGCAAUUUUUUGUUUUACAAUUUUUAAAUAUUUUUUUUUUGCUUAAAAAUCUUUUUUUUUUUUUUUCAAAUUUAAGAAAAAUCUUAAAAACUGACUUACAUGUGAUGUGUAUUUUUUGGGAAAUAUGGUUCCUGGAAUAGUCAGUAGACAAUCAUAAUCAUUCAACUGUUUCACUGGUGUUUAAAAUGCCGACUAAAAAUCGAGAAAAUCUACAAUGACGUAGAAUCGCAAUUUAAAUCGAAUUGGCAUCCAAAAAAUUUUAGAAUAAUCAAAUCGGGAGAAAAGCAUAUUAUCCCAGCUCUAGUGUGUAUACUACAAUUAUCAUUCAUAAUCCUGAGGAGCUGUGGUGGUGGUGUCUGUAGCUGCAGUGUUCUCUGUUUAUCUAACUAAUUAGUUAAUUUUAUGGGUGUGAGUCCUUGUGCAGUUAUGUGAAACUCUCUGUCCACAGUCCAUAGGUCAGACACCAUAAAGGGACCCAGUGACAUUUCUGUCUGUCUCCUCUGCUGUCUGUCUGUCAGCAAGAGACAUAAACAUAACGUGUCUUGAUCAGCUGCUAAGACCGAAAAGACUUGAGGAUUUGCCGACCUGUGAGUGAGGAGAGUCAGCUGUGAAGUGUCUGUGACAGGGGGUGGAGCAGAGACACAGGAAGUAGAGACAGGACUCCAGCUGCAAGAAAACCAAAUUUCCUGCAUGUUUUUGAAGAGAUUUAGGCAUUAAUAUUCGUUCUUUGGAGCAAAGCUGCUGAGAAAUAACAAAAUGAUUCAGUUUUGCUGCUUUGUUUACUCCACCAACCCUCUUUCUAUUCACUCUAUCUCUGUUGUUGAUUGACCACCACAGCUCUCUCGCUCACUCCCUCUCUUUGUGUUAUUUGUUCAUAGCAGCUUCUGGUUAAAAUAGGAGCAUAGAUCACUUGUUUUUACUAAGUACUUUUUAGAAUCUGCACUUUUUAGUGCUAUUUAAGGAAAAAAAAUAAGGGGAAUGUAUUGUUUUAAGGCAUUUUAUAUUAAAAAGUAUCAACGUGUCCAAAAUGUUGUCAGCAUUAGUGCUUACACAGGGCAGACGUGGCUGUGUGGAGGGUGCACAGAUCAACUCUUUUUGUCAUUACAGCUCUGUAAUGACUUCCAAGGUUUAGACUGGAAUAAACUUGUAAUUAUACAAUGACAUCACGAGGAGUCAAACACUGCCUGAAAUAACCUGUAAUUUAACAUUGUGGUGAGAUUUAAACAAACAACUUUUGAUUUACAAAGUCAAAGUCUUACAGACACUGGACUUUCUUCACUGCUCUACUUACCUUCAGACAUUUGGUGUCACUGAAUCUAAAAACUGUCAGCAGCCCAGAGUUGUUUUAGCUUCUUUGUUCUGUUCUAAUUUUAUCUUCUCGUGAGUGACCCCCUCUGAACAAACUGUGUUUUUUUAUUUCUGUCCAGACUCAACCGUCCACUCACCCUGUCCGAAAAGAUCGUGUACGGCCACCUCGAUGACCCCCACAACCAGGAUAUCGACCGUGGUCGCACUUACCUGCGACUCCGCCCCGACCGCGUCGCCAUGCAGGACGCCACAGCCCAGAUGGCGAUGCUCCAGUUCAUCAGCAGCGGCCUGCCGAAGGUAGCCGUUCCUUCCACCAUCCACUGUGAUCACUUGAUCGAGGCUCAGAUUGGAGGAGAGAAAGAUCUGGCCAGAGCAAAGGUGAGCAAUCUCACAUAAUGUCCCAAAAGUCAUGUUGUAAAGACCUAACAUGCUGAUACUAACACAUGUGGUUGGUCUCAGGAAAUCAACCUCGAGGUCUACAACUUCCUGUCCAGUGCUGGAGCAAAGUAUGGCGUUGGUUUCUGGAAGCCAGGCUCUGGAAUCAUCCAUCAGGUAUUCUUACCUCCAAAUGUGAGAAGUUAAAGCUGCUGUAAUUUCAACAAGCUAACACUCUCAUUUUGUCCACAAACAGAUCAUCUUGGAGAACUACGCCUACCCAGGAGUGAUGCUGAUCGGCACAGACUCUCACACUCCUAACGGUGGAGGCCUUGGUGCAAUCUGCAUCGGAGUUGGAGGAGCAGACGCUGUAGACGUCAUGGCAGGAAUCCCCUGGGAGCUCAAAUGCCCCAAGGUUAGCAAACGAAGACUUUCUCUUGUCUGUUUUUCUUUUUUUUCUCCAUCCCUUCACCUACAUUAACCCUUCGCUCUCUCCUCAGGUGAUUGGUGUGAAGCUGACAGGCACCCUCUCAGGCUGGACGUCUCCUAAAGACGUCAUUCUGAAGGUGGCUGGUAUCCUGACAGUGAAGGGCGGCACUGGAGCCAUUGUAGAAUACCACGGACCAGGAGUGGACUCGAUUUCCUGCACUGGUGAGCUGAAGCAGUUCUUUUGAACACAUAUUUUUCCAGCUGCUCAGCACAGAAGUGAUAAUUAUAAUAAUGUGUGUGAUUUGAUUUGUGCAGGAAUGGCCACCAUUUGCAACAUGGGAGCAGAAAUUGGAGCCACCACUUCAGUGUUCCCGUACAACCAUCGUAUGAGGACUUACUUGGAGAAGACCGGACGUGGAGGUUUGUUUUAAGCUCUUGUCCUUAAAAAUGUUUAACACUCAAUGUUUUUAUCACAACAGUUUGAGAUACAGAGACAAUAGACUCUAAAAGGGUGUUUUGAGAGAGUGAUCUUCCAUCUAAGCUUCUUGUUCAUUCUAAACAAAUAUCCGCUCUAUGAAGCUAAAACUAUAAAAUCUAUAUAAAAAAGAGUUCAAUCACAGAGAGCUUUACCUGUGUCAGCAGAUCGGUCUGAAUUGUUUCAUAUAAUUUGUGAAUGAAUGGAUUUUUCUAUGUAUGCUCAUUUUUUAUGAUUUAUUCAUGCUGUUAGAGAAAGUUUUCACUUCCUUUAAAAUGUUAUAAAAUUUGUUCCUCUCCAGACAUCGCUGUCCUGGCUGACGAGUACUCCCACCUGUUGGUACCAGAUGAAGGCUGCCAGUACGACCAAGUUAUUGAGAUCAAUCUGGACGAGGUGUGUGUGGUUUUAAAAUGGUCUUUUGGGGAGUUUGACAGUUUAGUAGAAGUGGAAAUCAAACGAAGGAAUCUCUUUGAUGAUCAGUGAGAUGUAGUUUAGGAACAAAAUUGAAACAUCUAUCAGGCAUGAAUGCAUGAAGAUGACUAACUGAUUAAAUGCCAUCAACCUCGAUAAUAACUGGUUGAAUUAAUCAUUUACUUUAUUAACUAUCCUGGUGUUUCGAUUAAACGAGUGAGCUUUUCAACUGGAGAAUUGCUCCAUGGUUGUCAUGACUACAAUAGCUCCUGAAAAGUUUCCAUUUCGAUGUUAAGAUUCACUCACCAGUUAUGUCUCUAAUAAAUAACAAAACAAAGAGUCCUCCAUGGAGACCUUUCCUGAUAACCAUGAGAAUCAUUAACACAUUAGCUUCAAAGUCACCGCUUCACAGGGUCACCUCUUCAACCGAAACAUCUAUUGGCAGCCUCAAAUUAUAGAGAGCUGUGAUUGUUUUAUAAGUAAAGAGUACAUUUUACUGAUGACUGAUGAUGCACAUUUUAGUGUUCAAUAUUUGAUUGUGCACCUUUUAAAAAGAUGAGCUCAUUUUUAUCUGUUUUCUGAGAGUUUUCUUGCCUCUCGACUGAACGGCUCGUGUACAAAGUUUAAAUUAGUUGCUUGGACAUAUCCUUUCUGUUUACAUAAAAAUCAGAUCGCUGCCGGAUCAUACAUUAUUUUUUAUAACUAACAAGGGACCAGACUUUUAAUAUACAGUAGUUAUUUAUUAUAAUAUUUAAUUUUUCCUCAAAUUAAUCACAGAUUUUAAGACUCAGGUCUAAACAGUAUAAAUGUGACUCUUUUGAAAGUGACCUCUAUAUCCCAAGAUCAAAACCUCUCAGACUUGUGUGCAUCUCUAAAUACACAGUGAAGCAUGUCAUACAAGUACUUCAGAUGUGUGCACCUGAGGGAGGUUUACUCCUAGUUUGCGUUUCUGAUUGUGGUUCAUUAAAGAGUAACUGAGUUCCUUGUUUCUUUCUCCAGUUGAAGCCCCACAUUAACGGACCCUUCACCCCUGACCUCGCCCAUCCAGUGGCUGAUGUCGGCUCUACUGCGGAAAAGAACGGGUGGCCACUUGAAGUCAAAGUUGGUAAGAGCUGACCAUGAGUGAAUUCUGCCCAACUGUAGAUGUUUUUCUGUUUCUCACCACAUUUAAAAUGUGCCAUCUUUGCACCAAGACACUUCCUGAGGUAUUAUUGGUCUCUUUUCCCCUUUUAGGGCUGAUUGGCAGCUGUACCAACUCCAGCUAUGAGGACAUGGGCCGUGCUGCCUCUGUGGCCAAGCAGGCUCUGGAUAAAGGCCUGAAGUGCAAAGCUCAGUUCACAGUCACCCCCGGCUCUGAGCAGAUCCGUGCUACCAUCGAAAGAGACGGUUAUGUGAGUGUGAAAGGAGUGAAAGGAAGCUGUGAUUUAAGUCGUCAGGGUUUAUGAGAUGAAAACUACAACAUGCUUUUGUCUUCCUGUAGUCAAAGAUCCUUGGUGAUGUAGGAGGUGUGGUCCUGGCCAACGCAUGUGGACCCUGUAUUGGACAGUGGGACAGGUAAGUUGUUGUAGUUUAGAGCGUCAGAUUUGAUCAGUCCUCCUGAGGCGCUCUGAGUAUAUGCAUCAUUUUUGUCUUUUUUGUUCAGGCGGGAUGUGAAGAAGGGAGAGAAGAACACAAUCGUCACGUCCUUCAACAGGAACUUCACAGCCAGGAAUGAUGCUAACCCUGCGACACACGCCUUUGUGACCUCUCCUGAGGUAAACUCACACUUAAAUGAAUAACACUGAAUGUAAACACAAACUCACAGCUCAAGCUAACUCCCUCCACCUCUUCUGAUUCAGAUUGUCACUGCCCUCGCAAUCGCCGGCACAUUGAACUUCAACCCAGAGACCGAUUACCUCACAGCGUCCAAUGGUGAGAAAUUUAAACUGGACCCCCCCAACGGAGACGAACUGCCCGCCAGAGACUUUGACCCAGGUCAGGACACCUACCAGCACCCACCUCCUGAUGGCCAGACCCUGAGGGUGGACGUAAGCCCCCAGAGUAACCGCCUCCAGCUCCUGGAGCCUUUUGACAAAUGGAGCGGGGGCGAUCUUGAGGGCAUGAAGGUCCUCAUUAAGGUGGGAAAGUCAAAUACUAUCAGUCUGUUUCAUGUCCUUCUUACUCUAGCAGCGUUGAGAGAUUUAACUCUUUCUUUUUUGUGUCUACAGGUGAAGGGCAAAUGCACUACAGACCACAUCAGCGCAGCUGGACCUUGGUUGAAGUUCCGCGGCCAUCUGGACAACAUCUCCAACAACAUGCUGAUCGGCGCCGUGAACAGCGAGAAUGACGCCAUCAACAAGAUUAAGAACUACCUGACAGGAGAGUACGGAGGAGUCCCUGAUGUGGCUCGUCACUACAAGGUGAGGACUGUAGAGAGCCUGGGCUCUUCACCAGCACCAGUGUAGUUUUCUCUGUUAGUCCUUUAACAUCGACAAGAUCUAAAAUAUUGACCUGCAGACUUGGAGUGAGUUUCCCUUAAUCCUUAUCUUCAACUCAAACUGCAUUCUCUGUCUUGCAGUUUUUUUCUAAUUAUAUUAUAUUAUAUUAUCGAUAUUAGUAACUUUGCUUUUUUAUCACUUUAUAAACCAAAAUUUUAAACCAAAGGCCUCACAUAUUCAGCUCAAUUUUCUAAUUAAACACCAGACAGAAAAUAACAGCCGUACCUGUUUACAGUUCUCUUACUCUUAACCUUUCUGUUUGUUUUAUCUUAGAUAAUGUAUUUUUUGCACUAUAAAGCGCACUUAAAAUCCUUUUGACUUGUCGGAGCACUGCAGCUACCGUAGCCUCGCAGAGUUAUUGAAUGAGUUAAAUAAAGUUUGAAUUAUCUGACAGUUUUGUUUGGCUUAAUGCGCUGUAUAAUCCAGUGUGCCUUAUGUAUGAAAAUAGAUGCGAAUAAACGCAUUCAUUGAUGGUGCGCCUUAUAAUCAGGUAUGCCUUAUAGUGCGAAAAAUACGGUAGAUAGAUAGAAUUUUAUUGUCACUGUAAAAAGCACAACGAAAUUAUUCAACAAGUUCUUUAACACCACUGAAUCCCAUACUGUCUUUUGGUUUGUGGUUUCUUUGUGUCUGUUUUCUUCAAUUCGCUUAAUGUCUCUUUCACCUGAGCUCCUCCUGCUCUGAUUUUCCACUUCUCAGUCAUUAACAACAUUAGGGCUAGCAACAUUAAAAGAUGUCCUCUGGGUUGUCUACGGAUGCUGAGUCAUGUUAUUAUAGCAGGAAGAGAAGAAGUAAUCACCAGGAAACUUAAUGUGCAUUCAUUCUUGUCUGCAGAUGGAUCUGAUAUGUGAGGUGUAUGGGCAGCUGUACCGAGCACUUCUUUUGUUAUUCAAGAUGUUUUGACCAAUUAGAAUCACAUAUUUCCCACAGCAGAUGUUUAGUAAGAGAGCCGGGGGAUAACUGUAAUAAACGAACCAUUGGACAGAUGCUCCUAUCAACAAAACGUUAGUCUGCAACAGCCUGAUGCAACAUUGCUUUGAGCUGAUACUGUGAACACAACUCAUGAAAACCUGAAGCUCAUCUUUACUCUCUUUCAUUACUCAUAUGUCAGGUUAAUCACUCUCUUUAUUCUGUUUCAUGAAGGCUAACGGUGUGUCCUGGGUCGUGGUCGGGGAUGAUAACUACGGUGAGGGCUCAAGCAGAGAGCACGCCGCCCUGGAGCCCAGACAUCUCGGAGGAAGAGCCAUCAUUGUCAAGAGCUUUGCCAGGAUUCACGGUACGGACUUUUUCUGUGAAGCCUGUUUGGAGCCUGCACAUUUUUUUGCAAAUUGUUUGCUCAUUUGUUACUUUUUUUUUUUCAGAGACUAACCUGAAGAAGCAAGGACUGCUGCCACUGACCUUCACCAACCCGUCAGACUACGACAAGAUCCGCCCCGAUGACCACAUCUCCAUCAAAGGACUCAAAACCUUCGCUCCAGGAAAAGUAAGAGGGCACUGCAGGUCAAAGAAACAGCUUCACUAAGUUUGUUUUCACCCACCUGCUCUGUUACGAUAACUGCCACUUCUUAUUUGUUUUCUGCAGUCUCUUAGCGCACUGGUGAAGCACAGUGACGGCAGCGAGGAGACCCUGGAACUGAACCACAGCUUCAACGAGACACAGAUCGAAUGGUUCAAGGCGGGCUCUGCCCUCAACAGGAUGAAGGAGCUUCAACACUGAGGGAGAGAAAAGAAGAGGGAGUGUAUUUUCAGAAGAAAACGGGGUGUUAGGAUUGUGCGGGAUAGCAAAGGGAGAAAGCAUAUUUAGUGCUGUGAACGAUUGCUCCAUCAUCUGCAUCUGCUCACAGUUUAGACUGAAGAGACGUGUCCAAACAUCUUAAAGGGUGACUUAAGACUGAGGCUCAUGUUGAUGAUGGAGCAAUGCUGGCUGGUCUGUGGUCAGAUAUUUCUAAAAAAACCUUCUUUUGUCAGUGCAUAGCAUCCUGGAAGGUACUAAACGCUGCUAUGUUUAAAUCCCAAACAGUUACAGAUGAUUAGAAAUCCGUCUAGAGUUCAAACAAAGGGGAGACACACACAGAAUCACGCACAGGCCAACAGGUACUAUCUCACACAAUCAGCUUUGACCCAAGCUAUGACAUAAUUCAACACCAGCUGAUGUGAGUGUGUUUUUUUUGUAGCUUUUCAGUGCGUCCUGAACCAUAGCUUCACACUGGUCCCACUCGCUGUGAUAUUUUAGUUAUGUGUUGCUCGCUGCAUGGCAAUAACCAGCUGUAGUCAACCAGUGUCAUUCAACCUGCUCCUGCUUUAUAACACUCCAGCCUGAGAAGGUGAGGCCAGUGUUGGUUGCACCUCUGGGUCCACUCUGUAGUUGGAAUCAUCACAUGCAUCCAAGAGGAAUUUGUAGUGGGAUUUAUUGGGAUAAUCCUGUCUGCCCUGUGCUGGGAGGAGAAAUUUAAGUACAGAUUUGAGCGCGAAUUUUCUUUAAUUGUACUCUUUGAAAACAGAAUUUUAAUGACAGAUGUUUAUUACAAACGGUUAAAAGGAAUUCUGGGAAAUGUAGGAAGCCGUGGGCAGUUUCAGAACAAGUGGAUUCAAAGCUAGAGCUGGACAUAAUAGAUAUCCAUAAAUUAGGGAGAGCGUUAAGAAGUCAGGUUUUGUAUCAUCUGUUAGAAAAGUGUCUUUAUUCAUGGGUUCAAACUUUCAGUGUUUUGGAAAGUUUCAUAGAACCAUUACAGCCAUUUGCUCUUAUACAGAAAUAACACAUUGUUUUAAUACUGUGUGGAAAUGCAGUAUUCACACCUCUCCUUCCUGAACUCCAUCACCUCCAUUUUAGACUUCCCCUCCUAACAAUCCUAACUCCCCCUACCAAGGUCAAAACAUUAAGUUGUUUUCCGUCUAUUUAUUUAUACUUUAUUUCUGUAAAAUUUCACUUCUUGCAUGGAUUUGUUGAGCCCCAUUUUCUUCUUGAACAGGGUAAGCUUUGACUUAUGUCCACCCUCCCAUAUUUUCAGUGCCCAUUUUCAACAAGUGACUUUUACCCAAACAGAGAGAAACUGGAACAGCAGGAUCACAGAAACGUGAUGGUUCACUCAGAUUUGCUAAAACCUAAUGAUGUGGCAACUCGUGAGAAACCUGGUUUGUAAGUCCCAGUUGUUGGCUGCUUUUGGUCCCCACUCCAAAACCUCACUUUGAGGCUUUUAAACAUCAGAUUAUGAAUGAAAUAUUUUGUGUCCUCUUCUUGACAAACAUAAUGCAGCUGUGGAGAUAAAAAUAAUCACAUCUGUGAGCGCAUACCACUCUCUAUCUCUAAGCCUCAGUAUGUAAAGUGUCUGACUCUAUGUACAUUUAAAUGUUAAUGUUUUUUUCUCCCAGAUGAUUUUUUCUGAGUUACAGAAAUGCCAAUGGGUUGUAAAAUAAAAAAGAAAUCACAAAUCUCAUAUAUUUACACUGCCUCCAGUGAUGUGACUAAACUGUGUAUAAGGUUGCGGUGUAUUUGUAUAGAUGCUCACUGAUCUAUCACCUGUUCAAACUGAAUGAAUACAGUAUGUAUAAUGUAAACCUUAAAAUGAACAAAGCAUAAGCAUUAAAGUCUGGACAGGAUUACCAUGUACG